CUUAAGAAUCAGAACUUCCUCUUUUCUCUCCAAUCCCCAUUACAGGAACCACAUACCAUCAAUUAUAAAGUUACAUACGGCUCCUGCCACUUCGGACGAGUGAAGUUUAAAUAUUUAUAAGCAACCAGAACGAUGUCACCAGGGGACAUCAACCCCCUCGACGAAUGGAUCCGUCGACAAUCGUUCAAGAUCGCUUACAGCGAUAUGACCAAAGGCUUCAUUGGAAAGAAGGCUUUGAAGGAGGCCAUAUGCAGUAGCAUACCGGCGGAAUUCGGCGCACGGGGAUACACGCCUGAGAAAGUGAGGAUAAGGCUUAAGGCGAUGAUGGCCGAGCGCUUGACAUCUGAGCUUGUGAGGGAGUGCGAUGCCAGGCGGGUGGCUUCGGGGGCGGCCGCUGGGAAUCUCGGUACCGGGGGGAUUGCUAGCAAUGGGCGCGCUGCUUCUGCCGGUGCUGCUGUUGGGCAGGAAAUGCCGUCGAGGGAGGUAAGAGGAGGACAGUCUCGUGUCCUAGAUAAGGGCAAGCAGCGUGCGAUGGAUAAUGAAGAACGCACAAAAGCACCGCUUCACAUGUCAAGUUAUAGGACCGCAAUGCCGGUAGGCGUGCCUCCUUCCGCUGGAGGACUGGCACCCAAGAAGAAGCCGAGUGAGUGCCGCUCUCCGGAGCUGGAGGUCAGUGACGAAAUUUUGGAGGGGUACAAGAGGGCGGCAGCAGCUGGAGUUCGAAUCUUGAAGACUCCAACGAACGACAGUGCCGUCCCCUCUUUAGGAGAGAGUACUCGUACAACUGCAUUACCAAGAAGUCCGUCAAUACUCUCUACCUCCGCCAACGCAUCCACCACACGAACAGCGCCCUCCACCGUCACUGCCGACUCCGUGAUCCCGUCCCUACCGUUCAAGCUACAGUACCGAAUCUUCACGGCGCUCCAGGCGAUCCUAGAGUCUUGUUGCUACGAUUUCGCACGCCGGUACUACCCGCAGUACCUAAGGCGAAAGUCCUGGGAUUGUCCUGAAGCCGGUGAGUUAACUGCAUGGAUCCGUGGCCUUUCGAAGGAAUUCUCUUCGAACCCCGUCUUCGACAUGGGCGAGGACGAAUUCGACUUGAUUCUCAAAAAAGGUGGAGAAAUCCGUCACGCCGCGGUACAUAGAGUCUCUGUUUCAGGGCUGGAGAUACAAAGCCUCAUAGAAGAUGCUCGUGCCAUGGCGGAGAUCUUGGACGAUGAGGAAGUGGAAGGGAGAUUACGGGAGAUAGAUGAGAUCAAGGUUGUGGUGGAUAAUAAUAUCCAGACAUUGCUAGAUAGGCGCGCAGCGAAAGAGGAGAAAUUGAGGUUGGAAUUAGAGAAGUUGGAGAGGUGGAAGAGGGAUAUUGAGUUGAGAGAAGUGAUGGCGACCAAGGGAGCCGAGGAGGAGGAGGAGUCUAUUCGCAGAGACUUCCAAGAUGGGAUUGGGAGGGAGUUGGAGUGGUUGGGAUUGGAAGGGAAGGGGUUGGGGGUUAGGGAUCGCAGGGAGGCGAUUGAGGUGGCGGGGAGUGCAAGUACGAGUGCUCCUCGGGGGGAGGGGGCGGAAGCUCUUGCAACAAUAACUGAAAAUGCUGAGGAAGACUUCCAUGAGCCGGAGGGGUGGCCGGCCGCAGAGGACGCACCCCUCGAACGGCUGUUGGCAAAGGGGGGCAUCUCUCCGUUAAGUAUCUAG